AACGACCUCAUCGCUGCAGCCACACCACCCGCCCACGUCGCGCGCACCCCAUCCACGACCACUCCGGACUAAUUCCCACCGCUCUACGUCCGCGACUGCCAUCACGACGUUUUGCAGCAUUCACAGUCCACGAUGCGCUAGUCGGCAGCGCCCCGACCUCGCUUUCUUUCACCUGCUGCAUCCGAUCAGCGCCCUUUCAACACUCACUGCGCCUCGUGCUAUCUCGACGCUUCCAUUCUUACGCCAAAGCAUCUGCUUUAAUGAGCGCGCACCGCUCCUAACCUGCGCAUUUCACCGCCGACUCCACCGUCAGCCCUCUGCACCCAGCCUCGAUUACGAUUCGGACACCGCGCGGUUGACGUUCUUGCGAAAACAUCAAGGAAAAAGCGCGACCAGACACCUCAAGAAAGCUAUAAACGCGCGCAGAACGGGUGCGCAGACGGCGCCCCAGGCCGCGGGACGGAGGACGACGUAGUAUGCCAGGCAUUCUCACCAUGAACCACACCGGGUCCGACUCAGCGACGGCUUCACGAGAUGUAGACAAUAGGAAGCGCAGCCAUAACGGUGAUCUGACCAAUGGCGGUCUCAACGGCGCGCGAAGUGACACGCCGGCAGGCGGUCCUGCUGUCAAUGGGGGUCCGUCGCGCGAAACCAGCACCAACGGCGCAUCCAUGGCAGUCGCAGCAACGGCCGGUCCUACGCUCGAACAAUACUCGGAUCUGCCCCCGGAGAUCGCUCAUAUCGGCCCCGAGCAGUACAUGUCCCUGUCAACACUGUUGUUGCGGAUAUCCCAGGAAUCUUACAAUGAAUUGGAGGAAGUCCUGAAGAACAUGGCCGCCAUUCAGAUAGCGCCAGUAUCAAACGGCGCUCUUCCCAAUGGCCUUGGCGCGGCAAAUGCACAAGUGAAUGCAGAAGCGAACAAGCGUAAAAAGCUGGUUGUGCUUCAAUUUGCGCAGGAGCAACGGGCUAAAUUCAUCAAGCUGCUAGUCCUCACCGAGUGGGGAAAGAAAGCUUCCGUUGACAUAUCAAAGCUCAUUGAUUUGCUGGCCCACGCCAGUACCCAGGCAGCCCAUAUGGAUGCUGCUGACUACAAACUGGAAAAGAUCAAAAUCCUGUCCAAUAAUGCUAGGGAAAACAACCCGGAUGUUGCGACCGCCCUGGAAGUGCUAUCAACAGGGAAAGCGUCAUGGAUGCCGAGCCUGGGCUACAUACCGCCUGAGCCUAUCUCCGCCGAGCAAGCCCUCAAACUACUUCGGUACAUGAACACCUCUCUCUCCAUACGCCUCAACGUACACGAAAGCCUCCCACGACAUCUGCAAGACUGGCGCGUGCAUUCUGGACGCGCAACCUUUGUUGUUGCCAACGAGCUGGAAUUUGAUGUCAUGUCCUUCGUGGAGGAUGCUUCAGAACAGUGGUUUCUCAUCGAUCUCCGGUUGUUGUUCACUCCUGCACCUACCAUCACCGUCGGUAGCCGUUUCUUCAUGCAACUCAAGCUGCAGGCCGACGUAGUUCUAAAGGAGAAGGGUCUGACCGGCCUUUUCGACUUCCUGAACAACUUUGUCUUAACGCACAAGAUCUCAGUGCUUCGAUCGCAGGCUGUUAAUCUCGUUCGCAGCGGCUGGGCGGGAUCUCUCAAGGUCGAGCCUGUACAUCGCUUGCUCGUUGUGUCUUAUUGGACCGACAAGCCUGGAAAAAAGAAUUGGAUUGAGAUUGGCGUAUCGAACAACAAACUGAAGAACGGCAAGGUUUCGUGGAGAGGGCCACCCAUACCGUCGCUGGCUACGCGCUGGUUCCGCCAGGGCAAAGAAGUGAAAGAUGUCAAGUUCCAUUUUGACUGGAAGGAUCUAUCCAUGGAACGCGUCAUCAAGCAAGUCAUCGCACGCCACACGAGUGAUAUCUUGCGAUCCACAAAGGAGAGUUUCAAGUCUGGAGUGACGGCGAAUGCAGACCUUUCCGAGACCGAACCUGCAGACUCUACACUCAACGCAUCGCUGGGUACGAAAUCUACAUCAGUUGCCCUAUCACUAGAGUCGGUCACUGGUAAUUAUAUCCUGCGACCAGCUAGUGCACUUUCAGCGCGAGCGGAGAACGCUUUCAACCAAGGCAGAGAGCCAUCACAGAUUGCUCAUGUAAUGACGCAAGUGCUAGCCGGCACACUGCUCAGUUUGAUCCAGAAGAACGCACAACAACUCGGCUGGCAAUCACUCGCAAGACAAGCUUUGAAACAGCAGGUAGUGUCGGCUGCCGUCAAGUUGGAUGUCAUCUCUUUCACUCUAUAUUGCCCUCGCGGCUGGACACCAAACUGGGCAUUGGCAGCGGUAAUCGACUCUUCGGGCGAAUCGUGGUGGAUAUUUGAAAUGGGAUCUGGUGGAAAUAGCCUCGAAUACGCCGAGCAGAUCAAGUUGGACAGACCUGAUGGAAGCUCCUUACCCAUCAACCGCAACACCUUGGCAAGCCUGGAAAGGGUCGCCAUGCAGGUUCUGUCGUUCCGCGUCACAGCUCGUCAACUAGAGAAGGAGAAGAAGAAUUUCAGUUUGCGAUAUGAGUUAGGGCAGGCAGGCUCAUCCGUGGAAGCUGGUUGUGUUCCCCGUCGAUGGGUGCUGCAUGUGCAAACUCCGGACCUUCUCGUGCCCCAAGCAGACGAAGACUCUUGGCUUGAAUCAGAUAUCAAGAUUACAUGUGAAGGCUUGAAAGUUGGGGGUCAGGACGUCUGGCAUAUGGCUGUCGGUAGAAUGGUUAAGUCUGUUGCUGCAGACAUGCAUAAGCUCAUGGCAGCUUCACCACAGACCGCCUUCAAGUUCUCAGAAGAUGGUAACUUCAGGAUUCUUCUUGCCACGCCCUUUGGGCAAGAUAUCCUAGGAGAACUGCGAGCGCGACUGCGAGAUGUGAACCGUCUUCGUACCUUUGCCAGUACCCUUCAGAAGCGUCAAAUGCGGCUUUCGUCCUCCUCCUUACAGCGCGUACAGUUCCAGUACGGUCCAUCGCCAUACUCUGCAACUGUCAACUUUGGCACUGAAAAGGAGCUUACCAUCGAGCUGUCACAUGACAAUCCGCACCACCGGAUUCUCCAUCUGCUUACUGAGAUCGCCAACGAUCGGUUGCCUUCCUUUCCAAACACGGAGGUCAGCGAUGUUAAUGGCUUAGAUCGCUUCUGUACGACUCUCGUCGCGACCCGGCCUCUCUUCAAGGCCUUGCGCGAAGUCGAGGAACGAUCGCCAGGCAACUAUAGCAACCCCGCAAUUCAUGUCCACUCCGUCCUCAAAUACCGACUCACCUAUGACAAUCCGGUCUGCACUUUCGACGUGCGCCUUCAGCCCAAAGAUGAUCAGGUGUACUGGUUCAUCGAAGACAACUUACGUCCAAAGGAUCCUACAACACUACCAACCCCCGAGCGUGCGCCAGGUCAUAGGCGUCUUGACAGCCUUCAGGUCAAGCUGAAGGAACUCUUCAGUGGGAAGGGCUCAGGAUGGUUUGGCACGCGAAACGGCAUGGUGGCGGACUUAGACGCGAUCCCUGAAGCACUACGCAAGCUGGAUGAGUGUGUCUUGAGUUGUAAAAUGGCAGGAGGUUAUGUUGCACCUCCACCACUUGAAAAAACCCCGCAGCAAGCGCAGAACCAGGGAUCUGGACCAGGACAGGCGCCUGCACAGGCGAACGGAAACCAGCAGGGAAACCAGCAGCAGCAGGCUAGGAUGCAACAACAACAGCAGCAAGCGCGUCAGCAGCAGCAAAGACAGGCUCAGGCGCAAGCUGGGAAACAGCACCCGAAUAUGCAGCAACAUCCGAGAAGCCAACCUCCGAACGGCAGACCCCCACAACAGCAGAUGCCAAACGGCCGCCAGCAAAUGUCGCAGCAACAACAGCAAGGUAGAGGCGGUCCAGGAGGUCGUCCAGGGCAGUCCAAAAACGACGUCAUCACCAUUGAUUAGAAGACCUUGGGAUGAGACCAGCAUACCAGCUGAAAUUGCCGUUAUUCCAUUCACGAUUUGUGUACAACGUUUCUCUUUCACGCUCUUGACGUUUUUCUAGCAUUGGGUUAGCGGGACUAGGGUAUAAUUUGCGUUUUCAACAGAUUCUGCUGUCUUGCGGUUCACGGUGGGGUUUCCAUCGUGUUAUGUAUUUUACCUGAUAUGGCGCGGUGUCAGCUUUCUCGGCGGACUAUUUGGGCGCGCUCUUUUCUUCUUUUGCUUCGCAGCUUGUAUGAACCUUUUUAUACCAUGGCGGGGGAUCUGAGACGAGGUUAGAUAUGAACAGCAUCACGCCAUGGCUAGAUGUGAUGCUGGCAAUCUACCGGUAUAGAUAUCAAAUGCAUAGAUGCUACCAAAGGUCUAUUAUACUCAAGUUGGACAACUCCUGUGC